AUGACUGACAUCAACACAUGGCGGAAGAAGAUUGCGCACCCAACUCGCUCAAAGACACCCGUAGCAGAUGACGGGGACGACCGCCACAGCGACAAUGGCUCCGAGCGCUCGACUUCACGGCUAAGACCUAGGCCGAAGCUGACAAGAUACCUGUCCAACUACCUCGCCAUCUCCGCCCCGCAAAAGUCCGACGAGUUGUUUUCGGACAACUUUUGGGACAACCUUGGACAGCCUGCAGACGUCGAGCCAAAAGUUGAUCCCUACAUGGUGGUACAGUCAAUAUCCACGAUGCUCCUCAGGAAUCCCAACAAGCCCCUCCCAGUGGCUCACAACAGCGGCCUCCUGCACCUUAUCGAGAACUACAGAAACCUCCGCGAAGAGAAGGAGAAAUUGGACGAGCUUCUGAAGGAGACACUUGAUGGCUUCAAGGAGGCAGAAGAGCGAUGGGCUACCGAAGAGCAUAACUUCCGAAGCGAGAUCAGACGGCUAGAGUUGAUAAUCGCAAGAGGCAAACAAGGAAUGACUGAGCUAAUGAGGGCGCGACAAGGCAGCGUGAUCCAUCGAAAGCGCAAGGUCCAUAAGACACAGUCUGAGGAGCAGCUCGAAACAGCGUACGAGUUCUUGUGGAGAGACCAGGUUAAUCAAGACUUCUUGAGGGAGGGUCAACGAGUGGUUCUGCGCUCAAAGUCCCCAUCAAACCAGAUGAAAGCAUUAUCCAGGACGCUGUCCCAUAUGAACGUUCACGAUGACCUACCUGUUGGCACUCCCCCGGAUAAACGACACAAGCACUCGCUAUCAUAUUGGACCAAGAGUAACGAAGUAGCUCCGUCACACGGUGAGAGCAUGUUGCCAUCUCAAGGCGGAGGUGCGCUUAAAACUAGUCAAUCCGAUGAUCCCUCGGACACCUACUCCACUUUCAGUUCUGCCGGAGAUGCCUUACCAGAUGAAGAAGGGGCAACAACAAAUACGAUACUAGAUGCAAGGGCUGAAGGGGAAGACUUCGUUGCGUUACGAGACCUCGUCAUUCAACUUGCUCGUCGGCGCGGCAUAUGCAUAGAGACGAUGCUCCCGCGGCUUGUGGAUAUUUUCGAAGGUAAAGACGAUACGAUGUUAAAACAACAGUUCUCCGAAGCGUCCUCAAAACCGAGACAAGAUACUGACAGUGGAGAUUGGGGCCUUGAGCGUCGACCGAGACACUCUCAAUCGCAGCCUCAGCUAAGCUCCGAUCGCCACCCUCGCCGACAUUUCUCCUUUGACCCUGGAGAUGAUAUGACCAUAUCUGCAAUGGAUCAAGUCGCAGCCGAGUUUGCGAACCCCGGAAGCAAUGUGCAGGCCUCAUCGUACUCUCAAGCUCAGAAGUUGAGCUCCCAGGCGCCUCUAGCUGUCGACACUAUCACCAGUCCUGAGACUCGAAAACCGUCCAUGAUACCAACUCCUCUCCAAGAGCAUCCCUUAGCGCGAGUGCGACGAGAAGACUCGCCGUCUAGCAUUCUGACGUCGGUUUAUGAAGACUCACUGACGCGGAGAGACUCCGCGAGCUCGGUCAACAGCUCUGCGACAGCUCUUCGACACGGUUCCUCGAUCAAAAGCAGCAGGCGUUUCUCAGUCGGGCCGGGUAGUUCUACAAGUGUGGGGGCUAGGUCUGGGACCCCGAGAUCAAUCGAGCAUACGGCCAAUGCCAGAAACAGUUUCGCCUUGGCAGCUGCAAGAGCUGCAGGAGGCGGUUCCGGUCAGAGCUCUGGCACCGAAAGCAGUGUCACGACUAAGAGCAGAUACAAGCAACACUCGAACACUGGUUCGAGGAAUAGUAGCUCGUCCCAUCUUCCCACGCAGAAAAACCUUCAUGGCAAUCAACCCCAGGACGGAUGUCUUGGCUGCUAGGGAGCAGGGAGUUUUGGAAAUUGAUCGGACCUUAAGGAUUGAGGAUACGCGGACAAGAUCGAAUCCAUAGUCUCAUCACGGUGUAUAGGCUAUACUGGGACUGCGACAGGAACUGUAAUCGGGGAGGCGUAUCGGAAGACCCUGCAUACCUAGGUAUAUCAUGCCGGUGGAGCAUGUCACUGGAAGCAGACUGGUUCGCUUGACUUAUCCCGUAUUUCAGACGCGGUAUUAUGCUGUAGACUAAACCCAAACAGGAACACACUUGAUAUCAACAUCUGCGUGCGCCAGUGCGAGACCGCUCGGGG